AUGAGUGUCCUCUUUUUCCUGUCUGUCCUGGUUCAGACAGAUAAAUCUGGUCGUCUCCUCCUUGAGACUCCGACCGACCUCCAAAAUCUCCUGCUGCUGAGGAAGACCAAGAGACAGCAGAGAGCUGCUGUGAGGAGACCUGCUACUGUGCCCCCUGCUGUCCAGACCGUGCCUUAUUAUGUGGAUGAGGAGGAUUUCUUUAAGGCCUGUGAUCAGAACCAGCAGCUGGUGAUUGACAGGUACCUGUCGACAGGUGGAGAUGUCAACGCCUGUGACACUUUUGAGCGUACAGGUCUCCACAGAGCGAGCUCUCAGGGUCACACAGACGUCAUUGUCAAACUGUUGGAGGCCGGAGCAAACAUCCACAGCAGAGACAAGGUAAUAUGAGAUUAUUAUGUCAGUGUUUAAUCCAGAGUCAGUAUUUAAUCCUGAGUUAGUCCUGGUUCUGUCCAGCUGUGGUCCACAUGUGUCCACUCUGCCUGUCGAGGAGGAAAUCUGUCUGUUCUCAAACUACUGCUGAACCAAGGAGCCGACAUCACUGCAACAGACAAGCUGGACAGUACUCCUCUUCAUGUCUCUGUGAGGACCGGACACUACAACUGUGUUGAACAUCUGAUUCACUGUGGAGCUGAACUCAACACUCAGGACAGGGAAGGAGACACUCCUCUUCAUGAUGCCGUCCGACUCAACAGAUUCAAAAUCAUCCAGCUGCUGUUACUACACGGAGCUGACACACACCUGACCAACCAGGAUGGAUGUUGUCCUCUGGAUGGGGUUCUUCAGUGGCAGAACGAAGCAAAGACUCUCCUCAUGGAGCAGAGCCACAGGAAGUGAAGCUGGUUCCUCCUCCUCCUCCUCCUCUUCAUCAUCA